AUGACGAAGCUGCGCAUCGGGUGGAGCGUUGUUCGCGUCCACCUGCUGGAGGCCCGGAGACUACAAUGCUUCCGCUGCCACGCGUUGGGCCAUGUGGGUGCGCGGUGCCCGUCGUCGGUCGACCGCAGCCACGACUGCUACCGGUGCGGACACACCGGCCACGUGGCAUCCGGAUGCACACUGGCACCGCGAUGCGCCGUCUGCGCCUCCGCCGGGAAACCAGCGGACCACACUUCGGGGGGCAAGGCCCCCGAGAAAACCGAGGAGAGAGGACGUCGCUGCACCCGCGGCCGCACCCGUUGCUGCAGACCGAAGUCAACUCGGCGAGACGACGACUCCGAUGGACGUCCAGCCUCCGUCGGGCAUAAGGAAGACCGGGGCUUUAUGAAGAACCGGGCAUGCCGAUGA